UGAGUCAGGACUGAAUCAGGUCUAUACCAGAAUUAAAUGGAAAAAAUGGAAAGGACUAUGGCAUUGGAGCUAAACUAAGAGUUUACAGGUGUGUUGUUGUAGUUUUACAGAAAAUGGAAAAUUUGAAACCCACACUCGAAUCAGACCCAAGAUCUGGAGCAGGAUCUAGCCUUGACUAUGAGUCGCUGAAGACUGACCACUCCAAAGACCUACCUGUGGGGUUUACAGGAUCCACUAAAAUCAGAAAAAUGAAAGUAAGACCCAUACUUGGAACAUACCCAGGAUCUGGACCAGGAUCAUACCUGGAUUGUGAGUCCUUAAGCAGUGACCACUCCAAAGACCUGCCUGUGGAGUUUAAAGGGUCCAGUCUGAGAGACGAGGGUCCUCUGUCCCUCUCCUCUCUGGAGCCUCACACAUUGGACAACAUUUUUAAGCGUCUGGAGGAGCAGGUCCUGAGGUUUGUCCAACAGCAGCUGCAGAGGCUCCACAGGCUCCUGACCUCUGAUUACCCAGAAUGCUCCGAAAGUGACGAAGAGGAGAGCACAGAGGUUCUGACCAUCACCCUGAAUUUCCUCAGGAGGAUGGGCCAUGAACAUCUGGCCCUGAAUUUGAGAAACAGAAUUUCUGUUAAGGUGUGCAGAAAGGAACUGAAGUCUGAUCUGCAGCAGAGGUUCAGCCUUGUGUUUGAGGGUGUGACUAAAGCAGAAAACUCCACCCCCCUGACCCAGCUCUACACAGAGCUCUACAUCACAGAGGGCGGAGCCACAAAGGUCAACCAGGAACAUGAAGUCAGACACUUGAAGACCUUGUCCAUGAUACCAACUGCUCCUGAGAUCACCAUCACAUGUGAAGAGUUCUUUAAAGCCCGCCCACAUUCACCAGAACCAAUCAGAUUGGUGCUGACGAAGGGUGUGGCCGGCGUGGGGAAAACAGUGCUGACUCAGAAGUUCAGUCUGGACUGGGCUGAAGGUCGGGCCCACCAGGACCUCCAGCUGCUGUUCCCAUUCACUUUCAGAGAACUCAAUAUGCUCAGAAAGAGACGGUUCAGCCUUGUGGAGCUGCUGCACCACUUCUUCAGUCCAUCCAAAGAUCUUUGCAGCUUCCAACAGCUCCAGGUGCUCUUCAUCUUUGACGGUCUGGACGAGUGCAGACUUCCUCUGGACUUCAGCCGAACCCGGGUCUUGACCGACCCCACAAAGUCCGCCUCAGUGCACGUGCUGCUGGUGAACCUCAUCAGGGGGAGGCUGCUUCCCUCCGCUCACCUCUGGAUAACUACGCGCCCUGACGCGGCCAAUCAGAUCCCUGCUGAGUUCAUCUCCAUGGUAACAGAGGUGCAAGGGUUCGCCAACCCACAGAAGGAGCAGUACUUCAGAAAAAGGUUCAGAGACCAGGCCACAGCCGUCAUCUCCCACAUCAAGAGCCUCCAAAGCCUCCACAUCAUGUGCAGCAUCCCUUUUUUCUGCUGGAUCCUCUCCACAGUUCUACAGAAGCUUCUGGAACAAACAGAGAGGCCAGAACUGCCCCAAACUCUCACACAGAUGUACAUCCAUUUCCUGGUGAUGCAGGCAAAAGUGAGGAACAUCAAGUAUUACCAGGGAUCAGGGGUGGACCUUCACUGGACUCCAGAGAUCAGGGAGAUGGUAUGGUUUCUGGGAAAACUGGCCUUUGAGCAGCUGCAGAAAGGAAACCUGAUCUUCUAUGAGAGUGACCUGAGCGAGUGUGGUCUGGAUGCAACAGCAGCCUCAGUGUACUCCGGAGUGUUCACACAGGUCUUCAGAGAGGAGCCAGGCCUGUACCAGGACAAGGUCUACUGCUUCAUCCAUCUGAGUGUGCAGGAGUUUCUGGCUGCUCUUUACGUCCAUCACACUUUUACCAGGUCUCGGGUCAAUCUGCUGGAGGUCAAAAAAGUCUUCUCACAAGAAUCUAAAACUAGACUUACAAUAAAAGAUCUCCACUGUUCUGCUGUGGACCAGGCCUUACAGAGUCCAAAUGGACACCUGGACCUGUUCCUGCGUUUCCUCCUGGGGCUAUCUCUGCCAAUUAAUCAGAAGCUGCUGCAGGGCCUGCUGACUCAGACAGGAGAUAACCAGUUCAGUCAGAAGACAUUAAAGUACAUCAAACAGAAGAUGAAUGAAAAGAGUCUGUCUGUAGAAAGCCUAAAUUUGUUCCACUGUCUGAAUGAGAUUAACAACCACAGUCUGGUGCAGGAGAUACAGGAGUACAUGAGAGAAGGAGAGCUCUCUGAGCAAAACAUGCCUCCUGCUCACUGGUCGGUUCUGUGCUACCUCUUACUGUCCUCAGACUCAGACCUGGAGGAGUUUGACCUGAGGAAAUACCAGCGCUCAGAGAGAGCUCUCCUGGGUCUGCUGCCGGUGGUCAGAGCCUCCACCAAAGCCCUUCUUUGUGGCUGUGGCCUGUCCCCUCACAGCUGUGCUCCUCUGGCCUCAGUCCUCAGCUCCUCCAGUCUCACACAUCUGGAUCUCAGUAACAAUGACCUCCAGGACUCAGGAGUGGAGCUGCUGUGUUCUGGACUGAAGAGCGCCCCCUGCAGACUGGAGACGCUCAGGCUGUCUGGAUGUCUGAUCUCAAAAAGAGGCGGGGCUGCUCUGGCCUCAGCUCUGAGCUCCGCCCCCUCCCACCUCAGAGAGUUAGACCUGAGCUACAACCAUCCAGGACCCUCCAGCGAGUUCCUGAACGCUCUAUGGAAGGAGGGGCCCCUCCUGUAUGUCGGGCUGGCUCCUGCUGGAGAGCGCUGGAUGGUCCCAGGUCUGAGGAAGUACUCCUUUGAGUUCUUUCUGGACCCAAACACAGCUCACAGAGAGCUGCUUCUGUCUGAAGACAAUCAGACUGUGACCUGUGUCUAAAAAUCAGAAGUAUCCAGAUCAUGAGGACAGAUUCAUAGACAGGAAACAGGUCCUGAGCUGCAGUGGCCUAUGGGGGCGCUCUUUCUGGGAAGUGGAGCUGAGAGGGGAGGGGAGUUUUUCUAUAGCAGUGAGUUACAGAGGGAUCAGGCGGACAGGAGCAGGGGAGGGCUGUAAGUUUGGAGACAAUGAUCAGUCCUGGAGUUUGGAGAUCAAUCAGAAACACUGCUCUGUCCUUCACAAUAGUACAUGGACAGAUCUCACACACAUCAACUCUUCACAGAGAACAUACCUGUUCCCUGACAGAGUGGGCGUGUUCCUGGACUGUGAGGCUGGAGUUCUGUCCUUCUACGGUGUCUGCUAUGAUAGAACACUAUUCCACCUCUACACCUUCAACAACACAUUCACUGAGCCUCUGUUUCCAGGGUUUGGACUGGGAUUUUAUAAUUCCUCAGUGUCUCUACUGGUCAGCCGUAAAUUAAAAGCUCCCAGGUUUAGUGGUCAUAAUAUGUUCCCAAAACUCCCUAGCUAUAUAAAGCCAGAAAAGAAAAAAAAAAAACCUAAAAAACUAAGGGACUGAAGAAAUGAACUGGAGGGACAUGUGAGAAUGCAGCAUGAAAUUGAAUCGAAACUCCAGAAUUCAAUCUUUUUUUGAAAAUUGUCCCAUCCCUAGUUUGGAGACCUCUGCUCUCACCAUUCUAUUGUUAAAGCCUGUUUUUCUUGUAAAUAAUCACCAGAGUAAUUUAACAGCUACACAACAGAAACAAUCAUUGCGUAUUAUUAUCAGUAAAAUAAGGUGACAGUAGUAUUGGUUUGUUUAGUGACAUUGACAGGGUUCCGUUAAAGCUUUAAUAAAAAGGUUUUCCUCCCACUGUGAGCUGUGCUCAUUAGCGCCCCCUGCUGUCCACACAUG